GUUCGGUGGAGAGUUUCCUCUGCUCUUUUUCUCCCUUUCCGUCCUUCCUUCCAAGCUUCCAUCUUUCUAGGUUUUUUUUUCUUCUUUUUUUUCCUUCAAUUGAAUUGAGUUUUAGGGUUCUUCAACAGAACUGAAAACCCAAUUUAACACGAAUCAAAGAGCUUUUGUUUUCUCUGUUUAGAAUUCGGAAAAUGGAUUCCAAAUCCUGGAGCUCUCGUUUCUCUGUUUCUUCCUCCUCGUCGUCCUCGAGGCGGUACCAGACUCGUUCUGAUCUGUUUCUGGGAGGUGGAUACGAAGAAGUUGAUAGAGAUGAUGAUUCGAAAGCUGAGUUUCUGUGUCCCUUUUGUGCUGAGAAUUUCGACAUUGUUGGACUCUGCUGUCACAUCGAUGAGGAGCAUCCUGUUGAAGCUAAGAACGGGGUUUGUCCAGUUUGUGGUAAAAGGGUUGGAAUGGAUUUUGUUGGCCAUAUCACUAUGCAGCAUGGAAGCUUUUUAAAAAUAUCCUUUUUGUGAAUUGUAACUGAUUGUGUUUUCUUCUUGCUUGUGUGCUAUCUCAUUUCUGUUACUGAAUGACAGCAUAUUUAUUAUUUAACUGUUCCAUAUCCACUUCACAUAUUAAUUUAAAAACAAAAAGAACUUUUCAUU